AUGGCUGACCAAUGGCCCGAUGAGAUUCCGCCAAACGCUCAAGUAAACGACGAUGAAGAUGUUGCUGACGACUGGGAAACAGCAUUAGACGAAAAACCUAAACAAUCUGAUGUUGAAGAAAAACCAAAAACAACAACAGUAGCUAAAUCAAGUAAAAAGAAAUCCGAAGAGUCUCAAAAACCGAAUAAACAAGCCGGUAGAAAUACUCCACAGGAAGAAUUAGAUCAAAACAAGCAAAACGACGAAGAUGAAAAAUCAGAAUCAGCUGAUAAAGCUGGAAUAGUUCGAUCACUCAAUGAUAUAGACCUAUAUAAAAGAGAGGAGUUUCUUGAUUACAGUCAUCGUUUGUAUACUCGUUUAAAACCCAUAUCUACUUCCGAAUUCUAUCCCGAAUUCAUCGACCAAUUUCUUCGUGGUAUUACAGAACCGAUGUCAAUCGACGAUGUCAAACGUUUAGCUGCGUCAUUGCAAGCGAUAACUAUACGUAAACAAGGUGACGAACGUGAAAAGAAAUCAAAAGCCAAAGCAAAAAAACAAACGAAACCACAAUUGAGAACUGGUCGUCAAUCGGAUUACGGAGCGUUCGGCAAUGGUGAUAACGAUUACGACCAAGAUAAUGACUACGAUGAUGAGGAUUUUAUGUAA